AUGCCUCCUCGCUCAAAUUAUACCUCCCAAUUGCAUCAAUUGAUCGACAAGCUCAACAUUGAAGGCAGCACUUGCGUGCCUGCCGAACUUUGCACAGCUGAAGAAUGCACAAGGGCCUGGCACAAUAUGUAUUUCACAGCGUGGCACUGGAAUCACAAAGAUGCUCAAGAAGGAUGGAUACUGUGGUACGCGGACAAAUUGACAUGGGAUAUCUUCUUCAAACCAAGAGAAUUUCCAGAACCAGAACCCAAAAGAACGCUCAAACAGGCAUCUUCCUCCCAAGAGACUUCAGCUCAAGCACAAUCAGAACCAGCGGCCCAAGCGAUUCCAACAGCACAAUCUGGCCCAAGCAGCUCUGAUGAGUCCAUACCCAGCCAACCUGUCCUGCCUGUUGUCAAGAUGCCCAAGAAGAAACGCGUCAUUCCAGAGGGAAGCUGGAGAAGGAGAAGUGAUGAAGAUGAAACUUUGUUUGCCCAAGAGAAAAAGGCUUUGCCAGCAGAUGUUCGAGAUCCUCUCAAAGCUGUGGCAGAAACCGCUUGCUCAAAUGCAGAAGUUCCGAAAGCCUCACCUUCAAUUUUUGCCCAGAAUGAGCAAGAAGCUUCAGUCCCAAAUGAGGCAAACACAAUCGAAACGGCUACAAUGGAAAACAGCACAAUUGAAGACACCACAAUUGAGACUGCCAAAAUUCGAGACCCCAUGGUUGAGAAUUCCUCAAAUGCUGAAGGCCCAAUUUUGGAUCCACUCUCCCAAGCUGUCAGGACAUCAUUCUUGAUGUCAUCGUCUACCUCUGCCGUUGACAACGGCCCAACGACCCCAAUUGUAAUUGUCGCUCAAUCGCCCAAAAACAUUCAAGGCGAUGAAAGUACUACGCCCACGGAUUCUUACGAGACAUCGCAGUCUACACCAAAUGACAAAACUGCCCAACGAGAAUUAACCGCAACGGAACUCGUUGUUCCCCUUCCAACAAUUGCGCAAGCUGAAUCGCCCAAUCUGUGGAGAAUUCUUCUCCAACGACUUAUCAUGAGACUGUUCCGGCAGCACAGGGAGACACGACACAUGGAGGACCAAGCCCAAUUGAACCAAUUGCCCAGUCGUCCACCAUUGCUAAGCAUGUUAAGGAUUCUCAUCCUACAGAUUCUUCGGAGAUCAUUCAAUUGGCUCAAGAAGAUGUUCAAUCCGCCCCACAUUCAAGAGCUCAAGUCAACUCAAUUCAAUCCGCAAAGUUUCACUGGGGGGUGCAAUUGCACAACAAAAGUCUUUGGAUUAGUUCUUGGAAUAGCAUUCCAUUACUGA